AUUUUGUGAAAGAAAAUGCUUAUAGUUCUGCUGUUCUAGAUAGAAAAAUCUGGUUAGAAAGUUCAUUUGGAUGAUCAAUACAGGGUCCCAUAGAUGUUGAUGUAUACAAGGUCCAGUCUUGUGCAGUUCAGAAAAAGCAGUUCAGUGCUUUCAAUGCACAUUGAUUUCAGCUUAUUUAUUUGGUAAGGUUCAUCCAUGCAAAGCUACUGGGCACUGUGGAGGUGACAUCAAAUAUACACAAAUCCCAACAAUAAAUGAACAACCACCCUUCGACUUGUUCAUAAAUUCUCCGGAUUGGGAACAACAGAUAAUUAUAUUUCCAAUGAGGGUGGGUCCUUCUAAUGACUAAAGGCCAAUGGGUAUCUGGUUAAAAGCCAGUUUCAUUGUUAUGCUGACAAAAAAAGGCACAACUAAAAUCCCCAUUUUCUUCACACAGAAAAUCUUGUAAGCAACCCUUCAAUCUCCAUACAUCGUGCCGGCAAUCCAAGAUAUAUACUUUUUUUCUUUCCACAAAUGAUUCUGAUCUGUUACAGAAAUUUAAAACAAUCAUUUAAAAGAAAUUCUAGACAGCUUAAAGGAUACCCCAUGUUCUAGUAUAAUACAGCAUUCAAACAAGACAGAACUUUAUAAUAAUAAACAAACAAUGGAAGGUUCUAUGGUAUGACGUUUAUGUUCUCUGUAAGUCUACAGAAUACCAUAUCGGUUGUUACAAAUGGCAAUAUAUUAAUUUUAAUGUAAUAAAUGAUUUGGUUGACUUUUAUAAUAUACGUUGUGCUUUCUCCCACAUCCAAAUACAUGAAUUUCAGUUCUUUAAUCCAGUAGGAAUCGGGCAAGAUUGACAAAAUAUCUGAUUUACUGGUUCUGUUUAAUUCUUUAUCAGUGUAGUUUAGUUUUUUUUUCUUCUACUGAUCCUCUGCUUUUAUGAAUGAAUUUGUUAGGCACAGUGCUGCUUAGUAUUAUUAAAAGCAUUAUUGAUUCUUUCAAUUGAAUAAUUUUAGUGUUUGAUCACAGGAGGAGAAAUAGUGCAGCAUGGCUAUGUAAAACAAUAUUAGCAGUCUUGGUUUAAACUAGCAGUUACCAUGUGCUUCUCCCUAUUUUGAUGCAUACUUUUAGUGAAAGGAAAGUUUGGUUCAGAUAUAUAGAAAGGCGGCAUUGCUUAUGGCAGGCCUGCUGGAUCCAAAAAAGGCCAAACUUUUUGCAUAGGAAGUCUCUCAAACAGCAAUGACCAGUUCAGAGUAACGAACCAUAAAGGGACUGUCAAGGAAAAAAACAUUAUUGAGUACCUUCAGCUAGAUUCAAUGAUUGAUUCCUUUUCUAUGUGUUCUGUUGUUUGGUUUCCACAGUUGUAUGUUGAAGAAAAGCUCUCAUUGUUUAGCUACUAUACUACAAAAGUCAGCUUGAAUUUUCAGUUCUUAAUAUGAUCUGAUUGGGAGAAAGCUGCCUCUCUCUUUUGGUUGAUGAAAAUUUGAGAUCUUAUGGUGAUGGAAGAGUCAUCAAAGAGAGGAAAGCUGAGAUGGAGCAAUCUGUAUUCUUUCUCAUGUUUUCGACCUUGCAUAUCUGAUCCUGCUUCAGUUCAGGAGCCUUUUGGACAGCCAGGAUUCUCAAGGGUGGUUUUCUGCAAUGAGCCUCAACUUCACCAGAAGAAACCAUACAAGUACCCCAAUAACUAUGUUUCCUCAACCAAGUACAAUGUUGUGACUUUUCUUCCCAAAGCUCUCUUUGAGCAGUUCCGAAGAGUAGCCAAUCUUUAUUUUCUCUUGGCGGCAGUGUUGUCCGUCACUUCUUGGACCCCUUUCUCUCCAGUUAGUAUGAUUGCUCCAUUGGUUUUUGUGGUGGGGAUUAGCAUGCUGAAAGAGGCUGUAGAGGAUUGGCAAAGGUUCUUCCAGGAUUUGAGUGUAAAUUCUAGAACUGUUAAGGCUCAUUCAGGAAACAGCACAUUUGUAGAUAAGCUGUGGAGAGAAGUGUCGGUAGGAGAUGUUGUUAAAGUUAACAAGAACGAGUAUUUUCCAAGUGAUCUCCUUCUUUUAUCUUCCAGCUAUGAGGAUGGUGUUUGUUAUGUAGAGACCAUGAAUCUUGAUGGAGAGACAAAUCUGAAAAUUAAAAGAAGCUUGGAAUCCACACUUUGCCUAAAAGAAGAUGAAGAUUUCGGUAAUUUUAAAGCCACUGUGAGGUGUGAGGACCCAAAUCCAAAUCUGUACACUUUUGUGGGGAAUCUAGAGUUUGGCAAUGAAUCUUAUCCCUUAUGCCCUGCUCAAGUGCUUUUAAGAGAUUCAAAACUUCAAAAUACUGAUUACAUUUAUGGUGUAGUUAUAUUUAGUGGGCAUGACACAAAAGUUGUUCGAAACUCCACGCAGUCUCCAUCUAAACGUAGUCGGAUUGAAAGGAAAAUGGACAAAGUUAUCUACCUUCUAUUCUCAAUGCUGGUGUUGAUUUCUUUGGUCUCUGCCAUUGGCUGCACUGUGGUUAUAAAAACUAAAAUGGGUAAAUGGUGGUACCUUGUUUUGGAGGAUGAUGAUCCUUUGUUCAAUCCGGCUAAUCCGUUGGUUUCAGCAAUCCUGCAGUUCAUAAGAGCCCUUAUAUUGUAUGGCUACUUGAUCCCUAUUUCUCUUUAUGUCUCCAUUGAAGUUGUUAAAGUUCUACAGGCCAUGUUCAUCAACAAAGAUAUAAAGUUGUAUGAUGAAGAGACGGGCAAGUCAGGUAGAGCCAGAACGUCAAACUUGAAUGAAGAACUUGGUCAGGUAGAAAUGAUUUUGUCAGAUAAAACGGGGACUUUGACAUGUAACCAGAUGGAGUUCAGGAAGUGCUCAAUUGCAGGAGUUUCAUAUGGGGGAGAUAUAACUGAAAUUGAUCUUGCUGCAUCUAAAAGAAUGAACUUUGAUGUUGAGGCCUAUCGAUUCAGCGUUGAUGAAUCUGAUACAACAAGCCAAAGUUUGGAAAUGUUUGAGUUCUCUGUGGGUGAUACUAACACCAAAAAGGCCAUGCUAGGUAGCAAAGAAAAUAUGGAUAUCUUAAGUACAGGAAACUUGAGAAUCUCUGAUGUGGGGAAAAAAUCUGUUAUCAAGGGUUUUAACUUCAGGGAUGACAGACUCGUGAACAAAAAGUGGGUAUAUAGAUCAAACUUGUGUGACAUAACAAUGUUCUUCAGAGUCAUGUCUCUAUGUCACACCGGCAUACCCAUUGAAGAUGGACAGACCGACAAGCUAAAGUACGAGGCAGAGUCACCGGAAGAAGUGGCUUUCUUGAUUGCUUCACAGGAAUUGGGUUUCCAGUUUUGUCGACGAUCCCAAUCUGUGAUGGCUGUUAAGGAGCUUGACCCUAGCUCUGGCAAGCAAGUAGAGAGGGAAUACAAGCUUUUAAAUUUGUUGGAGUUUAGCAGUUCUCGAAAGAGAAUGUCUGUAAUAGUCAGCAAUGAAGAUGGAGAAAUCCUCCUCCUUUGCAAAGGUGCUGACAGCAUUAUCUUUGAUAGGCUUGCGGAUAAAGGCAGGAUAUAUGAAGAGGCAACAACUUCACAUCUCUCAAAUUACGCAGAAGACGGAUUGCGUACCUUGGCCUUUGCUUAUCGAAAACUUGAGGUUGCUGAGUAUGAAAAUUGGAAUGCAAUAUUUACACAAGCAAAAACUACAAUAGGUCCUGAAAGAGAAGAACUGCUCGAAAAAGUAACAGAAACGGUUGAAAGGGACUUACUUUUAUUAGGAGUUGCUGCAGUGGAAGACAAGUUACAAAAAGGGGUCCCAGAGUGCAUUGAUAAACUUGCUCAAGCGGGGCUGAAAAUAUGGCUGCUCACUGGUGACAAGAAGGAAACUGCAAUUAAUGUCGGGUUUGGUUGCAGCUUACUUCGGCAGGACAUGAAGCAAAUCUGUAUAAGUUUGAGCAAAGAAUCCGAGUCUAACAACCGAAUAAAGGCUAUGAAAGAGGACAUAUUACAGCAAAUUGAAAGUUCUUACCAAGUGAUGUGUGAUGAAGACCACAAAAAUGAACCAUUUGCAUUGGUAAUAGAUGGAAAAGCUCUUGAAAUUGGAUUGCGAAGUGAUGUAAAGAACCAAUUCUUACAGCUAGCUGUCAAAUGUUCUUCUGUCAUUUGCUGUCGGGUGUCUCCAAAGCAGAAAGCUUUGAUUACACGAUUGGUAAAGGAACACACUGGAAGGACAACUUUAGCAGUUGGAGAUGGGGCGAAUGAUGUUGGCAUGAUUCAAGAAGCUGACAUUGGUGUUGGAAUCAGUGGCAUGGAAGGAAUGCAGGCAGUUAUGGCCAGUGACUUCUCAUUGCCUCAAUUUCGAUAUUUGGAAAGAUUACUUAUAGUUCAUGGACACUGGUGCUACAAGAGAAUCUCGAAGAUGGUUCUGUACUUCGUAUAUAAGAACAUAGCAUUUGGCCUCACAUUGUUUUACAAUGAGCUGUACACAAGUUUCUCAGGGGAUGUCUUAUAUGAUGAUUGGUAUUUGGUGAUGUUCAAUGUGUUAUUGACAUCCUUACCUGUUAUAUCACUGGGAGUCUUCGAGCAGGAUCUUUCUUCGGAUGUUUGCCUCCAGUUUCCAGCCCUUUAUCAACAAGGCCAGAAGAACAUAUACUUCACAUGGGAGCGCAUCAUCGGUUGGAUAUUGAAUGGCAUCGUUGCAUCUCUGGUCAUAUUCCUCGCAAACAUUUACAUUCUUUCCCCUGCUGCUUUCAGAGAGGACGGCAAUGUUGCAGACUUAACUCACCUUGGUGCUAUUACAUAUACUUGUGUAAUCUGGACCGUCAACUGCCAAAUUGCUCUAAUUAUCACUCACUUCACUUGGAUCCAACAUGUUUUCGUAUGGGGUAGCAUUUUCUUAUGGUACAUCUUCUUGUUUGCCUACGGUGCAUUCCCGCUGAGAUCCUCCAAAGGAGGAUAUCACCUACUCUCAGAAGGUAUUGGACCUGCACCGAUAUAUUGGCUUGUUACAUUGCUUGUAGUAGUUGUUGCUCUUCUACCAUACUUCCUGCACAUUGUCAUUCAACGCAUUUUCUAUCCGAUGGACAACCAUAUAAUCCAAGAAAUGAAGCACUGCAAGAAAGAUGUUACUGAGAAGCAUAUGUGGUUGAGGGAACAAAGAAACUCCCAGAAGAUGACUCACAUUGGCAUCUCUGCUAGAGUCGACGCAAGAAUCCGUCAUCUGAGAGAACGGUUGCACCAGAAGAGAACAUCUAUAUUUAGAUCUGUUACCAAUAGUCCUAUAUAUAAAUCACUGCUGACAAGGAGUCCAUUGUUUUAGCUGCUAGACUGCAUUUCUUGUGGUGUCCACAUUAUCUGCAAGGACUAAUCCAGCUGUGUUGUUCAGCUUCUGAAUUCUUUAAUUCAUUUAAUCAGUCAUCAAGUGAGAUUAGUUCAUCAAUCAAAGAUUCUUAUAGUUGUCCAUUAAGGAAUUUUUUUUUGCGCAAUUUUAUUCAAGCAUUUUAAUCUCUUCUC